AACCAACUGCAGCUUGAAGGCAGCCCCUUUGCACCGAGCAGGACUGUAUGGCAAGCAGCCCCCGCUGAAGGGUUGAGGAUGAGCGUCCCAGUGGCUCCGAAGAAAUCAUGUUACACUCAGUUGCGGGAUAACAGAAAUGGAGCGAAAAAUAACAAUGAGAGUAUCCUAAGUCUGGGAGACACAAAUGCCAAUCAAAUCAUGCUGGAGGUCAGCUCCUCUCUUGAUGAGUCCCAGGCAACCGACCGGGCAGGGGAGCUUGGAAAUGCAAAUUUAGGUGAGCCCGAAAACCGUACCCGUUUUCAUAAGGAAUUCCACCAACUUCAGGGCUUCGGGAAAGGAUCCCAGGCUGGCUCCACCAGCCCGAGAGAUUCCACACUGUCUUCGAGUGUGCACAGGGAACGGAGUGACGAGCACACGCCGGAGAGAGGCUCCGAUCUCCUGCAGACCCCUCGGAGUGUGCAGGGACCGGGUCUGCUGGGCUGGAGGAAUGUGAUGGGUGAGGCCAGUCCGGAGGUUUUGGCUAAAAGGGAAGCGGACACUCCCCGGCACAUUCCCAGGGAUAAACUGGCGAAGACCCUCGACAAUGAGGAGCGGAGGCGGCAUUCUUCGGAAAGGGCGAGCGGCUCUGCGGUCGCGGCGGGGAGCCUCACUCCGCAGCCGCCGCCGCGGCCCGCACCCCCGGGCCCCCUGGACGCCCGGUGCCAUGCGCCCGGGGCUGGAGAGGGGCCGCAGAAGACACCGACAGACCACUGUCUAGGGGCGGCUCUCCCUCGGACGGACAGUACCCCACAGGGAAAGGGUGCGCGUCAUCCCAAACCAUCUACCUCAGAAACCACGGAGACCGCGCGCUCGGAGACCAGGACGGAGGGGGGCCGCGGCCUGGACGUUUGCCGGGAGCACACGUCGCGGUCUGCCCAGCCAGAACCUGCUCGGAAUUCGACUUCGGCAUCCAAGGAAGUCCUGAGCAAGCCAGAAGCACAAUUAGGUCAGGGCAAGGGGGAGCCUAAGCCGGCGCCGGAACACGUUCGGCCCUGGGCUGCGCAGGAGUUGGCGUCAGCCCAGGCAGGGCAUCUGGGGCGCCGCAUGGAAGAGGGCCUGUCAGCCCCGGAGAGGAAGGAGCCGUGUGGGGAGGCACAGCGAGGAGCCACCGGGGUGUCCGGCCAGCUGUCCAACGGCGGGCGCCCCCACCCUGGGGAGAAGACAGGAGUCAGCCCAGGGGAGGAGGGUCCCCUCCAAACCGCCCCCAAACAGGGCCCUGCUUCCUUGGGAGCGGCCGGUAAUCAGCCCUCUGAGGGAACUUCACCCUGUGCAGGUAGGAAGUUGGGGGAAACGACAUCCGGCAACUUUUCACCAGGUGAUGGUCAUGUGGCUUUUAUUCCUAGUGAUCCGACUGAGGACAAACCCUCAGAUGUCACCGAGGAGGAAGGGCCACAGGGCAGUGCGAACAAGGACCGAGCUCUGGUUUUGGCGUCAGGUCCUUCUGUUGGAGGGGGCAAAACUGAGGCCCCUGGGCCCCUGGACCUUCAAAGCAGCUGCUCAGAAGCAGGAGAAAGGAAAGAGAUCGCUACACCUGUUAUUGAAAAUAGGGACCUUCUAGAAAAUGCAUCUAAGAUUGAAAGCACCCCAGCAAGAGCAGAUUCGGUUCUCAAUAUCCCAGCGCCCCUCCACCCAGAGACAACUGUGAACACGACCCACCAGCCUGCAACACCCAGUAGCAAUUUUCAGGACGUCAGCGUGUUCAGUGUGGACGCGGGGUCACCCUCGGUGGUCCCAGCCCCGGGCGACUGUGCGCGGUUGUUGAACACAUCCCUGAAAGUGCCUGACAAGAACACCUGCCCCAGUGGGAUCCCCAAGCCUGUCUUCACACAUUCCAAGGACACGCCUUCCUUGCAGGAGGGAAUGGAGAACCUUCAGGUUGAAAAACCAGAAGAGAGAACAGAAACCAAGCCCAUCAUUAUGCCCAAGCCCAAGCACGUGAGGCCCAAGAUCAUCACCUAUAUCAGGAGGAAUCCUCAGGCCCUGGGCCAGGGGGACGCUUCACUGGUCCCUGUGGGGCUUCCGUAUGCCCCACCCGCAUGUAGCAUGCCUCUUCCCCAGGAGGAGGGGCUGGCAAGUGGAGACCUUAAGCCAUCUGCCAACCUCUAUGAGAAAUUCAAGCCAGACUUGCAGAAGCCCAGGGUCUUCAGUUCCGGAUUGAUGGUGUCUGGGAUCAAGCCCCCGGGACAUCAUUUCAGUCAAAUGAGUGAAAAGUUUUUGCAGGAGGUCACAGACCACUCUGGAAAAGAAGAGUUUUGCUCUCCUCCCUAUGCGCACUACGAAGUCCCUCCAACUUUCUAUCGGUCGGCCAUGCUCCUUAAACCCCAGCUGGGACUGGGGGCAAUGUCCCGUUUGCCUUCUGCAAAGAGCAGGAUUCUGAUCGCGAGUCAGAGGGCUUCGGCGAGUGCCAUCCACCCCCCAGGACCCAUAACAACAGCUGCCAGUCUCUACACGUCUGAUCCUUCAGCAGAUUUAAAGAAAGCCUCCAGUUCAAAUGUUGUAAAAUCCAGUCUCCCAAAAUCUGGGCUUCGUCCUCCUGGGUACUCCCGUCUCCCGGCAGCCAAGCUGGCGGCGUUUGGCUUCGUCCGGAGCUCCAGUGUCUCCUCCGUGUCCAGCACCCAGUCCGUGGACAGCGCCCCGCCGGAGCAGGGCCGGCUGGCCUCACGUUCAACCUUUGGGAAUGAGGAACAGCCGGCUCUGAAGGCGGCACUGCCUUCUAAAGACACGCCCAAGGGGGCCAGCCGGGUGGUCCCGCCGGCAUCCUCCAGCGUGACAGCACCCCGCAGGAGCUUACUCCCAGCGCCAAAAUCCACUUCCACACCCACCGGAACAAAGAAAGAAGCACAAAAAGAUCAAGAUACUAAUAAACCUGCUAUUUCAUCGCCUAAGAGAGUAGCAGCUUCAACCACCAAGCUUCAUUCACCAGGCUACCCGAAGCAGAGGAGCGCGGCGGCCCGGAACGGCCUGGCGCCCAAGCCCGACGCGCAGGCCCGCGAGGCGGAGCGGCAGCUGGCGCAGCGGCUGAGGGAGCGCUGCGAGCGGCAGGCGCGGCAGCUGGGCCAGGCGCGCGCCGAGCUGGGCAGGGCCGCGCGCGGCUUCGACGCCCUCGCCGUGGCCGCGCAGCAUUUCUUUGGAAAGAAUGAAAGUGCCCUUGUGAAAGAAAAAGAGCUGUCAAUCGAACUUGCAAACAUCAGGGAUGAAGUUGCCUUCCAUACAGCAAAGUGUGAGAAGCUGCAGAAGGAGAAGGAGGAGCUGGAGAGGCGGUUCGAGGACGAGGUGCGGCGGCUGAGCUGGCAGCAGCAGGCCCAGCUCCAGGAGCUGGAGGAGCGGCUGCAGCUGCAAUUUGAGGCGGAGGCGGCACGCCUGCAGGAGGAGCACCACGACCAGCUGCUGAGGAUCCGGUGUCAGCACCAGGAGCAGGUGGAAGAUAUCACGGCCAGCCAUGAGGCUGCUCUCCUAGAGAUGGAAAACAGCCACACAGUUGCCAUCGCCAUCCUGCAGGAUGACCACGACCACAAGGUCCAAGAAUUGAUGUCCACCCACGAGCUUGAAAAGAAAGAAUUGGAAGAAAAUUUUGAAAAACUGCGACUGUCAUUACAGGACCAGGUGGACACGCUGACCUUCCAGAGCCAGUCUCUGCGGGACCGAGCCCGACGCUUCGAGGAGGCUUUGAGGAAAAACACCGAGGAGCAGCUGGAGAUUGCACUGGCGCCUUAUCAGCACUUGGAAGAAGACAUGAAGAGUCUGAAGCAGGUGUUAGAGAUGAAGAAUCAGCAAAUACACCAGCAGGAAAAGAAGAUUAUUGAGCUGGAGAAGCUGGUGGAAAAGAACAUUGUCCUGGAAGAAAAGAUCCAAGUUCUCCAACAGCAGAAUGAAGACCUCAAAGCAAGGAUCGACCAAAACACAGUCGUCACCAGACAACUGUCGGAGGAAAACGCUAAUCUCCAGGAAUACGUUGAAAAAGAAACCCAGGAGAAGAAGAGAUUGAGCCGAACCAACGAAGAGCUGCUUUGGAAGCUCCAAACUGGGGACCCAACAAGCCCCAUUAAACUCUCCCCAACGUCCCCCGUUUACCGUGGCUCCUCCUCAGGGCCCUCCUCCCCAGCCAGAGUCAGCACGACGCCCAGAUGACGCCGCCACGCCGCCCACGGCAGCUCCGGCCUCCAGGGUCUCCACCCCAAGGGAGCACUGACCAGGUGCCGCUGGAGCUGGCCCUGUGCGCAUGCUCGGUAGCUGCAUCACGCAUCCUAGGCAGCGUCCUCCUCUGAUCCCCAUGUGAGACUGUCCCGGUAUCGGCACUUAGGAAAAUGUAAAUGGUAGAGUCUGAUGUGCAAACGUUUUACCAUAGUUAGAGCCGAAAGAAAGACACUUCCAAUUGUUCUUGAGCAAUGAACUUUCACUGCAGAAUUUCAGGUUAGUUACAAAUAGCUCAGUUUUCAAUAUACAUUGAAUAACCAUUGUGUA